AUGAAGCGUUCACAUCACACAUUAAAAUUAUGUGAAUCCCUCAUACCUCGAACCCUUCUAUAUACACCUACUUCUGAUAUUUGUAGAUUUCAGACCUCUUACAAUCGUUUGGUAUCAAAUUUUUCAACCACGAGAACAACUGCUUGGAAGAGCUCAAUUUUUUUUGCUUCUGAGAAAGUGCUUACCCAUACUGACAGUGCUGGAAACGCAAAGAUGAUUGAUAUAAGUGGUAAAGAAACGACAAGCAGGGUCGCCGUUGCUACUUCUCGUGUGUCAUUAGGUGCAGCAGCUUUCGAGCUUGUCCUAAAAAAUAAAGUAGAGAAAGGAGACGUUUUAGCAGUUGCCAAAAUAGCAGGAAUAAAUGCAGCGAAACAAACACAUCUUUUAAUUCCUCUCUGCCAUUCUAUUAUGCUUUCAGAUAUUGAGAUACAUCUACUUUUGAAUCAAGAACUCCAUGCAAUUGAUAUUAGAUCUACUGUAAAAACAAUGGGACAAACCGGAGUAGAAAUGGAAGCUUUAGUCGGUGCAUCUGUGAGCAGUUUAGCAGUUUAUGAUAUGUGCAAAGGUGUUUCGAAGGGUAUUACUAUAGAAUAUACUCGACUUGAGGAAAAGACGGGCGGUGCUAGUGGAGCAUAUAGUAGAAGUGUAUAG